AUGGUAUUGAGAACCAGCCCCUACAGCACCUUAGCCCCAAAGCCAAAACCCCCAGAAGAUAAAAGCGUGCACCGUCUAUCUUCCAUCUGUUUUAAACCAGAUUCUCAGACUCCAGCCCCUGUCACAAAGGAGGAUAGGCCUUCGUUGAACGCCGCAGACAAGUUUUUCCGCCAGCGCUAUGCGUUCCUCUACUCGGCAAGCGAGCUCAAGAACCACCCUAUCAAUCUAAUCAUCCCAGAGAUUGUGAUCCUUGGACGGUCAAAUGUGGGGAAAUCGACCUUCAUCAACGCCCUCCUCGGGCGUUCGGACGCUGCCAAGGUGAGCAAGAAGGCAGGCCACACAUCGACAAUGAACGUCUUUGGAAUAGGCUCACCUGAAUUCAUCAACAAGGACCUUCUGGAGAAAGGCAUGCGGCCUCCGAGACAUGGUUUGCGGCUUCUGGACACCCCUGGCUAUGGAUUUAGGAGCCACAUGGACUGGGGGGAUACGAUCAUUAAGUAUCUGAACAAGCGCAAGUCUCUUCGCGGCGCCGUUUUGCUCUACAAUAGACCAGGGGAUGCACACGACUCCGACCGGAACGUGCUGAAGGCACUGGCUGAGGCAAACUGCAAGACCCUCAUUGUUCUCACCAAGGCCGAUACCCUUGGGCCUAGUUGGGCUGAGAAGCUCAGUCAGAGCGUCGAGUCCAUCCGACCCGAGCUGCGGAAACUGAGUGCGUCGCAAGAGAAUGGAUGGAAGGAGGGGACGGGCUGGAUACCGGAUGUGUACGCCAUUUCUGCGGGUAUGAGGUCCUCGCCCAAGGGACUUGGAACCGGCGGCGGAAUUCCGGGUGUGCGCAGAGCAAUUAUGGAUAUGGCGGGCUACAAUUUGCAGGAGAAGAUUGAAGUGAAGCCCGAGAAUAUCGCCUACGAUGGAGAUGUUGUUUCUUUCGACGAUAUCAAGUGGAAAUCGUGA